AGACACAGAGCUGGUGUAUAUGGUGAAGCAGCAGCGUCUGGAGGAUCAACAGGUUGAUGUGGACUCUGAGAUCAGACGCCUCUUCAACAAACCAGAGCAGGACUGGAGCUCCGACGACAGACAACAGGAGCAUCAGCUGAUGUCACGCCUGCUGUCAAUCAUCCAGCAGAGAAAUGACAUCAUCAGCAGCCUGGAUCAGGACAGGAAGAGGGAGGAGGAGGAGGACGUGAUGCUGACGGCUGUGAUCCAGAGGAUGGAGCUCCUGACACAGACGGACAAACAGCCGGACAAAUGCAGCAGGUUUAAACCUCUUCAGAUGUUCAAGAAAUCCAGCCGUAAGACUGAAAACACCAGCAGAAGAAAGAAGAAAAACAGCUGAAGAACAGAAAGAGACUUAAGAUGCUUAUUCAGAAAUGUACAGUAACGGUAAAAACACCCUUCAGGACAAACUGAACUGUUUCUACCCCUUCUGUUUAUUUUUACACUUGUAUAUCUGUAUUUUUAAUUAUUUGUAUAAUUAUUAUUAUAUGACACACUUUUAUAAUUAACCAGGAAAGUUUCUUCUUUUAAAACUAGGAUAUUUGUGCGAGAGGAUUUGGAAAAUGUUCCAUUAAUGUUUCCUCAACAUAUAGGUUCUGUGAACGUCUCUGCUA